UGGCUUUUUAAAAUGGAUUCCUAAGUUGUGACCCUUGAUCUUCCAAUUGUUAUUUCUAGUUUGAUUCUAAUAAAAUUCCAAGCCAUUGAAUGUGUCAUCUUCCAGCUUAUUAAGCCAUCAACAUAUUAGUUGUUAGCUUCAAGUGAAAGCAAGUGAGAGAACAAUGGCAGAAAGUUCAGCAGAGGGAUCGAAACCCCAAUCGGCGGAGCUUCUCGACUCGUCAGACAUGAAGCCCGGGCAACACCUGCAGAUGAAGCCUGGCGCAGCAAUUCUACUCCAAAAUGGCGGCUUCUUCGAUUUUUUGGAAAAUGCCUCUCAAGAAGUGGUUGUGCGCUUCUUCAGGCAGGCCAUAAAGCAAAUCGAGGAAAGCAGACAUAUAAAUGACUAUCACUUUAAACUCAAACCCUCAAAACCCUCGGGUUUUCUCAUCGAUGUCUUCUACGGCGAGAGCCGCGAAGGGCCGGAAAUCGUAGAGCCAGGGUCGUGCAUUUCGUGCAAUGAUUCGGCGCCCCUGUUUCCUAGCCAGGCCGAUUCUGUGUGCGCAGGUGAGUGCGUCCUCAGGGAGUUCAGUGAUCAACCCUUUGUUCAAUGUUCGCUGGAUGCAAAGGCCAGGCCUGGCUUCAUCGUUACCCCUGUUCGCCAUGUCCAAAAAUUGGGGGAUUUGGACGACCAGGAGCUCUUUGCUCUGUGGAGCGUGGGCGUCCGCGCUUUGAAAAGUGAGGGUUUGAAUUUCACCAGCAUGAUUGUUAACCAUGGCAGUUACAGGAAUCUGCCGCACCUGCACCUCAAGAUUUGGGUGGACGAGCGGGAAUUUGGGAGGGCCGUUCUCAGGUGGAGUGAUGAGAAGAAGAAGCUGUUGUCGAUUCUCCAGCGGCUCGCCUCUGCCCUGCCGAAGAAGCGUGCAAUGUGUGCUGUUGUUCAGAAAGGAAGGAAGUGCAGGUUUGGGGAGCGUUGCAGGUGUGUCAUUUUGUAUGGAGAAUAGUCAGAACUUAAAGCGUACUCACCAUCUCAAUAUUAUCAUGGGUUUCAUAGAUUUAAACUUAGCAUGUUGGCAAAUGCUUAGUAACAACUAAUUUGCCUAAGCAAAAAGAUCCUAUGUUAGUUUUCAUUUAACUGUUUUGAAAUGUUUUUUUCAUAUUUUCAAUCUAGAUAUUUAAAUUGUCUUUCUUAUUGUUUACACUAUUAUGGC